AUGGGGAGCGACGCAGACCACGGCUGGGAUCCGGAGAUCGCCUGCCUGGUCUUCCUGUUCUGGUUGGCCAGUGGUACAUCGUACCGUGUCGUCUCCAGGGCCUUUGAUAUGCCCAGAACAUCCGUCCACCGUGCCGUCCACACCACCAGUGCGAAGAUUGCCUCCCUGUUCGCGCAAACGGUCCAGCAUCCCACAGAGGAGGAGUUGGUGACUGUGGGCGCAGGAUUUGCACGCAUGGCAGGGUCGGCGGCCUUCAACAGGGUGGUGGGGAGCAUUGACGGCUGCCACGUCAGAGUGAAGCCCCCUUCACAGGAUGCCGACUGCUACCUGAAACGCAAGCUUUUCUAUUCGGUUCAGCUUCAGGCUGUGGUUGACCACACAGCAAUGUUUAUCGAUGUGUGUGUGGGGUACACCGGGUCAGUGCAUGAUUCGAGGGUACUGAAGAACAGCCCCCUGUACCUAGAGAAGCAGUACCCUCCACCAGGGUACUGCCUCAUCGGGGAUGGGGGGUACCCCUGCCUGUCCUACCCCAUGACCCUGAUGACCCCCUACCGUCAGCCUCUCAGGAGCCAGCUGCAGGCAGCCUACAACAGCUGGCUGACAAAGGCCCGAGUAGUGGUGGAGCGGGCCUUUGGGAUCCUGAAGACCAGGUGGAGAGCCAUAUUUCUGAAGGCGCUGGAGGUGGACGUCCUGUUCGUCCCGGAGGUCAUCCUCUGCUGCACCAUACUACACAAUAUUUGCCUGAGCCGGGAAGACGUGCUGGACCCUGAGGACCCUGAGGACGGCGAGGCUGGAGCAGCAGAGGAAGAGGAUCCAGGACGGGAGGCAGGACGGAUUUCCCGUGAUCCGUACGGAUCAACCCUCACGGUUCGGGACGCAAGUGAUCCGCGGAUCGGCUGAUCAUUUUUUUUUUUUUAUCAGCAGUCUUGUUAUCUUUAUUGUUGUUGUUGAUCCGAAAAUUAUCCGACCCGUGACUCAAAAACCGUGACCCGAACCGUGAGAUUUGUGAUCGGUUGCACCCCUAUUACUAGUAUAUCAUUGCCAGAACGUUACCCUCUAAGCUUAGCUAGCCCUAGCGUUACGUAACGUUAUGUUUCGUCAGUUUACAUCAAAGUUGAACAUAGCGUCCCAACAGGCAAUUUAAACUUAUUUUGUUUUCAUCUUUCAUGUAGCAUUUUGUGAAUGGACAGCCUACCCCUGAGUAUCCCGACCCUGUACUUGCUGUACAAGUGUCGAACCAGACUAGGGAGCAGCUCGGAGGCUGUCGAAAGCCACCCCAAAAACGAUGCAGAUUAAGUGUGCAGGAUGCCUCUGGCUCCACCUCCAGCACUGAUGAUGCAGACGAGACUCAACAGUAUAUUGUUGACAGUGGUGAGUGAUAAGCCUUUUUCAAGUUAAUACUGGCGUAACAGGAGUGGAAUAGCCUGCCCAAUCCCAUUACCUCUGUAUUGUGUUGAAUGAUAGAAUAGGCAGCAAGAUGUUUCAGACAGUGAAUAAGUUCCUUUAUUGGCACUUUCAUUCUCUGUUCAGAGGUCAAAACAAACAAGAAGAACAAAGAAACAAGAGAACAAAAUAAGAGUCCAUACAUACAUACAGUAAGACGAUCACGGAUUUAUCUCACUGGUAUGUAACAUAGUAGUCAAAGAAAAAUGCAUCAAGCUUGCUCUUCAUCUCUUCCCAUUUUGCAACAUCAAAUUGUAUUCUUUCUAGGUGGUAAUCUUCCUCACAUUUAACAAAAAAAUCACACCAUGACAUACCCGUGAGCUCAAGCUGCCCCAUUAUUUGAUAAUGAUGGGCAUGACACUCUUUUAGUUUAUAGCGUCCAUCUGCCUGCUUGCAAAGGUAAGGACACUCUGUAAAGCUGUUCUUGGAUGGGCACUUAAUUUCUAAAAGCCCAUAGCUUGGGCUUUCACUCCCUCCUCUCUCUAUCACCUUACGGUCAGGUGAAGUACCAAGGUGUGGGGCAUCAGGAUUUACAACAAAACCACAUGGAUACACUAGAUUACCUGUGAGCUUCGUGUACUGUGUUGCUGCUAUGGGCUCUUGUUCUACACCUCUUUUCAUGGCCUUAGUUUGUAAUGAUGCGGCACUCUUUA